AUGGCUUCCCUUACUUCUCUUUUAAAAGUAUCAUCGGGUUUAGAAAGUUCGAUGAAUUCUUUAGAGAAUACAAACACAAUCAUUAAUUAUACAGAUCAAAUACCAUUAAUCGAUUAUGGAUCAUUCGAAAAGUUAAUACCAUUAAAUGAUCAUAAUUCGAAAUACACCAUCACCAAAGAAGAUCAUGGAUGCAAUUUGUUUUGGGCUGUUUGGGGAAAUGAUAAAAUCUCUGUAAUUUUGAAAAGUGUCACAUUUAAUGAAUUAGAUGACGAAAAAGAAAAUUAUUUAAUGAAUGAAACCAAAAACAAAGAUCACAAUAUUAUAGAACAAUUCGUGGACGAGUUAAAGCUAAUAUCAAAUCUUAACCAUCACUCAAAUAUUACGAAAUUCUAUGGAUUGACUAAAGCCUCCGAGAGCGAUGAAAUUUUCGCGGUAAUGCAAUAUGCUACUGAAGGAAAUCUUCGACAAUAUUUGCUUCAUUAUAAUUCAGUUUUGUCAUGGAAUAAUAGAAUAAAAUUUUCUAAGGAGAUAGCUGAUGGUUUACAUUUUAUACAUAAUCGUGGAAUUUCUCAUCAAAAUCUUCAUCCCAAUAAUAUAUUAAUACAUGAUAAUCACGUGAUUAUUUCAGAUUUAGGAUUUUCUAAUUUAAAAUGUUCAGCAAAGAAUUCACCUCACUUUAAAGAAAUGGUUCCAUUCAUUGAACCUGUUUUUCUAAAAAAUAGAUCUUAUGAAUUGGACAAACGAUCUGAUAUUUAUAGUUUCGGUGGGAUCAUGUGGGAAUUAGCAAACGGUCGAGCUCCAUUUGAAUUAUCUGGAUCAAAUUAUCAUUUAAUAAUCAAUCUCAUAUUGAAUGGUGAACGAGAUAAUUCAAUAAUAUCUGGCACUCCAAUCCCUUAUGUACAACUUUACAGAAAAUGUUGGGAUGGAGAACCAAAUAAUCGCCCUACCAUAGAAUAUAUUAUUGAAAGAUUAAAACUUAUUCAUUCAGAAGUUCCUGAAACAUUUACUAAAUCACCAAUUGAAAUUAAAUUUAAAUUGGAACAUCUUCGAUCACUACAACUUUCACAAAUUAAACCAAAACCUACGAUUUCACCACGGGUCGAUUCUAUUGGAUGGAGAGAUUUAAAUGAUUUAUCAGAAUAUGAAAUUAUUGAAAAAGAUGACAUAAAAGAAUAUAGUAAUUUAUGUCAAAUUUCCAAAUCUGCUAAAUCUGCUAAAUCAAGAUCGAUAUCUUUUGAACAUGUAGAUACAUCUCGGCUUUUCGAAAAAACACGUAGGUUGAGUUUUGGAAAUUUUCGAAAAUCCAUACCGUCUUCAACUGGAGAUUCUCAUCAAUCAUCAAAAAUUAUUCAUUCGAUGUCGAUUGACGAAGCCUCCGAUCUAUGUAAUAACAAAUAUUUCAACAUGCGUUCUAAUUCAUCCUCAUCACUUUUCGAUAAUCGUCAACCAGAAAUUAUUUUUCUUUCACGAUAUUGUGUAGCAAAAAAUAUAGUAAAAGCAUUUGAACAAUUAAAGAAACGUGGAACAAAUAUUUUUCAACGAGAAAUCUAUAAAUCGAAAUCAGUAUUUCAUAAUUUAAUUUGGAAUGAUGAUUUGUUUGAUAUCAUUAAUAUUAAUUCUACAAAAAUAGCGAAACACAAUCAUUUUCGAGCAGCAUUAAAAUGGUUAAUAGCCAAUAAUCUAGAUAUAAAUUCUCUGGAUGAUUUUGGAUGGACUGCUUUACAUGAGGCAAUUUGGAAACGUAAAGAACCUGGUGUGAUAUUAGCAUUGUUAGAAUAUAAUGCGAAUCCAAAUAUACCUGAUAAAUUGGGGGCAACACCUUUACAUCAAUGUUUGGAUUUACUGCGUACCACGACCAAAGAUGAUGAAACCAAACGUAUAUAUAUUAUAAUACGGAUGUUAUUACAAAAUGGGGCCGAUCCAAAUUUAACAUUGCCUGAUACAUCGUUAACCAUUUCAGGGUCUUCAUUUCCAAAUUGUUUAUUUGCAGCAGUUUAUUUAGAUUUACCAUUAGAUAUAAUAGAAUUGAUGAUUAAAAGAGGGGCGGAUAUCACAUCAACAACAUUUCGUGGAUUAUAUUUGUUAGAUUUUACAGCAAAGAUAAUUAAUGUUUAA